CUCACGCUUCUCUUCCUGGUCGCGGGUGAGGUACGGGAGCCCGGAAGGACCAAGCCCGUAACUCCGCCCCUCACGCGGCUCAGCCGGGGCGUGUGGUGCCGGGACAGCUGCUCGCCGAUGGACUUGGCAGUCGGUCGCGGAGCAACAUGCAGUCGUCUCCGGGCUGGAGCCAAGCCGAGCCGGGCUGGUACGUCUCUGCCCAGCAGCCAGAGGAGGCGGUGGCUGCUGAAGAGUGGAGCCCGUUGCUAAGCAACGAACCUCACAGACGGGGAUCCCCGGGUGCUUCAUUUGGUUUCUCCGUCUUUAAUGUGAUGAAUGCCAUUAUGGGGAGUGGCAUCCUUGGCUUGGCUUAUGUGAUGGCUAACACCGGUAUCCUUGGAUUCAGCUGCUUGCUGCUGGCAGUCGCUCUCCUGGCUUCUUACUCAGUCCAUCUGCUGCUCAGCAUGUGUGUUCACACAGCGGUGACGUCUUAUGAAGAUCUUGGACUCGUCACAUUUGGAUUACCUGGAAAGGUGGUGGUGGCAGGCACCAUAAUAAUUCAGAAUAUUGGAGCUAUGUCAUCUUAUCUUUUAAUUAUUAAAACAGAGCUUCCUGCUGCUAUUUCAGAAUUUUUGCCUGGUGACCACAGUGGGUCUUGGUAUCUUGAUGGACAGACGCUGCUAAUCAUCAUCUGUGUCGGCAUCGUGUUCCCUCUUGCUCUGCUUCCCAAGAUAGGCUUUCUUGGCUACACAAGCAGUCUAUCAUUUUUCUUUAUGGUGUUCUUUGCUCUUGUGGUAGUAAUUAAAAAAUGGUCCAUCCCUUGUCCUGUGACCUUAAGUUGCAUCAAUGCAGUCUUUCAGAUUUCAAACACUACAGAUGACUGUAAACCAAAGCUCUUUCAUUUCUCCAAAGAGAGUGUUUACGCCAUACCAACCAUGGCUUUUUCGUUUCUCUGCCAUACCUCAAUAUUGCCCAUAUACUGUGAACUUCAAAGCCCCUCAAAGAAAAGGAUGCAGAACGUAACUAAUACAGCAAUUGCGUUCAGCUUUCUGGUUUACUUUGUGUCUGCCCUCUUUGGAUACCUCACUUUUUACGACAAAGUGGAGUCAGAAUUACUACAAGGUUAUAGUAAAUACUUGCCACGGGAUGUUCUUGUCAUGGCUGUGAAGUUCUGCAUACUACUUGCUGUGCUCUUGACAGUUCCUCUAAUCCACUUCCCUGCCAGGAAAGCUUUAAUGAUGAUACUUUUCUCAAAUCUUCCAUUUUCAUGGAUUCGGCAUUUUCUGACCACAUUAGCGCUCAACACUGUCAUUGUUCUACUUGCAAUAUAUGUUCCUGACAUUAGAAAUGUAUUUGGUGUAGUUGGUGCCAGCACAUCAACGUGCCUAAUUUUUGUGUUCCCAGGAUUAUUUUAUCUUAAACUCAGCAGAGAGGAUUUCCUUUCAUGGAGAAAGCUUGGGGCUCUCUCUCUGCUCAUCACUGGCACCUUGGUUGGGAGCUUCAGUUUAGCGCUCAUCAUUUUUGACUGGGUCAACAAAUGAAAAAAAAAAAAUCUGUUAUAAAGACUAACUUACCUCUGUAAACAAAAAGGAAUCAUUCUGGAAGAUAUUGUAUGUGAAAUUGACACUCUCAAGAAAACUGUUAGCAGAAAAGCAGGACAGAGCAGCAGUAUGUGAUAAAAUUUAGUCAUUUUCAUUUUAACCAAAAUUAGAAAUACUCAAAAUGUUGUUCUUAAAUAGAGUCACUCUUUUGUAUGGGAAUUUUGUUUUUUGUGUUUUGUUUUGUGUUUGAGACAAGAUCUAGCUGUGUAGACCAGGCUGGCCUUGAACUCACAGCAAUCUGCCUGCUGCUGCUCCACAACUGCUGGGGUUAGAGCCAUGUGCCACCACCCUGGCACAUGCCUGGCAUUUGUGACUUUAAAAAAAAUAACUAGCCUUUAGUUUCUUAGAGCAUUUUAUGUUUCCAGAUAUAUUGAGCAAAUGAUAUAAGGGACUCUAUGUGACACUGUACUCCAACCUCUGUACUUCUGAUGUGAACGCCUUGUGUCAGUAAAGCACGUGUUACACCCAGGGAGGCUAAGGUCCAUGGUUGAUGUUAGGGUUUGUCUUGGCCACCACUGAUCUUUUUACCAGAAUGCCAUGAUUGGGAUCAUGUAGGACUAUUUGUCAUUUUCAGACUGACUUCAUUGAUUAAUAGCUCAUUUCCUUUUAGUACGGAAUAAUUUCCUAUUAUGUGGAUGUAUCAAGUUUACUGAAUGACUCACCUCUUGGAAGACCUUUCCAAGUUUUGCCAACUAUCAAUAAAGGUGCUAGAAAUGUCUGUGUGGUGUUAUUAGAUGGUAUGUUGCAUUCACACCAAUGUCAUGGGCACCUCUGUUUCGAGAUUCCCUAGUGGCAUGACAUGGGCAUUGCACAUGCUUCUGUGACAUCUGCAUGUUUUCUUAGAUGAAUGUCCAACUCUUUUGCCCAUUUUUAGGUUUGUUUACUCAUUGUUUGGUUUGACAUCUAUUUGCAUACAUUUCCCCCUCAGUUUAGGCCUUGCCUUUCCCUUUUUCUAACAAGCUUUCACA